AAUGCGCUGGCACGAAUGAAUCCACCAUGCUGCUGACACCCUGCACACUGUUUCUAUCGCUUCCUUUGGGGAAGGCUAGUUCGCUAGCCGGGUAACCAGCCUAACCUAGUUCAUAACAGCAGGCGUUACAUCACUUUAGUUCGUGUCACACCUGUGAAAUAACGGUCUAAAGAAGUUGACCCUUUUCAGUCCGUGUAACAGGCACUGUGGCAUUAGCAUGACACUCUGACCUUUCUAGCUGUAACAAACGUGCAGAAGAUUUAGUGAUUUAGCAAAUUUGUGUUUCAGAGAGGGGCUGUCAAGACGCGACUGCUUUCAACACGCACUGAGUUUGAGACAGAAGAAAAGAUGUCCUGUCCAUGUGCUUCGGCUGCCAGGUUGUUCCUAAACACUGCUAACAGAGGACUGUCAUGCUCUCGGAUUCAGUUGUUUUUUCUGAGUCGUCACGGAUUUCGGGAAACUCAUUUGCCUCCUCGGGUACGUGUGAGGUCGUUUUCAGAGACCUCUGUCUGUUAUGGCUCUAAAGAUGGGACAACCAAGGAUGGUGGAAGUGAUGGUGGAAAGAAGAGCCUCAGUGAGGGGAAGAGAAUGUCUGGCUCCGGAGGAUCGGGUAAGGGUGGAAGCCAGCUACGCUGCCCUAAAUGUGGGGACCCCUGCACACAUGUAGAGACCUUCGUAUCAUCAACACGAUUUGUCAAAUGUGAGAAAUGUCAUCACUUCUUCGUGGUGCUGUCUGAAACGGACUCUAAGAAAGGGCUAAACAAAGAGCCAGAAUCUGCUGCGGAGGCAGUGAAACUGGCAUUUGCUCAGAAACCUCCUCCACCUCCAAAGAAGAUAUAUGCCUAUCUUGACAAGUAUGUGGUUGGCCAGUCCUAUGCAAAAAAAGUGUUGGCAGUUGCUGUGUAUAAUCACUAUAAGCGCAUCUACAAUAACAUCCCCUCUGGGAGCCGACAGCAGGUGGAGGUGGAAAAACAGCCAUCUUUAACACCUCGUGAGCUAGAGAUGAGAAGACGAGAGGAUGAAUACAGGUUCACAAAGCUGCUGCAGAUUGCAGGAAUCAGCCCUCAUGGAAAUGCUCUCGGGGCAUCCAUGCAGCAGCAGGCGAGCCAACAGGCACCUCAGGAGAGGAGAGGUGGGGAAGUCCUGGACUCUACACACACUGAGAUUAAACUGGAGAAGAGCAACAUUAUUCUGCUUGGUCCAACUGGUUCAGGAAAGACAUUGUUGGCGCAGACACUGGCACGUUGUCUGGAUGUUCCAUUUGCAAUUUGCGACUGCACCACACUAACUCAAGCUGGAUACGUGGGAGAGGACAUCGAGUCGGUUAUUGCCAAACUCCUGCAAGAUGCCAACUACUCAGUGGAAAAAGCACAGCAAGGUAUUGUGUUUCUGGAUGAGGUUGACAAGAUUGGCAGUGUUCCUGGAAUCCAUCAGCUGAGAGAUGUGGGUGGUGAGGGAGUUCAGCAGGGUUUACUUAAACUUCUGGAGGGUACAGUUGUCAAUGUUCCUGAGAAAAACUCCAGGAAACUGAGAGGAGAAACGGUGCAGGUUGACACAACAAACAUACUCUUUGUUGCAUCUGGUGCCUUUAAUGGACUUGACAGAAUCAUUAGCAGAAGAAAGAAUGAAAAGUAUUUGGGUUUUGGAACUCCCUCUAACCUCGGGAAAGGGCGCCGUGCAGCCGCUGCUGCAGAUCUGGCAAACACCAGCGGUGAGACAGACACCGUAGCAGAGAUCGAGGAGAAGGACAGGCUGCUGAAGCACGUCGAGGCCAGGGAUCUAAUUGAGUUUGGAAUGAUCCCAGAGUUUGUUGGCCGUCUUCCCGUUAUCGUUCCUCUGCACAGCUUGGAUGAAGACACGCUUGUCCGGAUCUUGACUGAACCACGCAAUGCUGUAGUGCCCCAGUACCAGGCUCUGUUCAGCAUGGACAAAUGUGAUCUCAAUGUGACUCAGGAUGCCUUGAGGGCAAUAGCAAGAAUGGCUUUAGAGAGGAAAACUGGAGCUCGUGGCCUCAGAUCCAUCAUGGAAAAACUCCUCCUUGAGCCCAUGUUUGAGGUGCCCCACUCUGACAUCAUGGCUGUUGAACUGGACAAAGAUGUUGUCCAGGGAAAAUCCCAACCCAGAUAUGUCAGAACUCCUGCCAAGGAUUCGGCAGAAGAGGAAUACGACUCUGGCAUCGAGGAGGACAACUGGCCUCGGCAGGCAGACGCUGCUAACAACUGAACCAUUUUACCCUAAAGGCCAUGCUGUCGCAAGUCAUUAGAUCACAAUGAACCUUUUGGAUACCAAGUUUGGUACCAACUCUUUUAUUAAAGCCCCUGACGAAUAAGCUGUGGACACUGGUGGGGGGAGGGUUUUUGUGAUGAAGUUAAGAGAGUGUAACAGCCUUGGGUCCUGUGCAUCAGAUAUAGAUUCUAUAGUGGUGCACUGACAAGGUGGACCUUAAAAUAUUUCAAUCUCUGGGGAUUGUUAACAUUUUAUCUAUAUAAAGAUAAUGAAAUUUUAUUCAUGGAAGUAUUUGUAGCUA